UGGAGGAGAGCGGACGGAGCGGAGCGGCGCACCGGGAUCCGGGAUCUGUACCACACAUACGCGACAGCAAGACCACAACCGACCGAGCGACCAGGCAGGAGCGGAGGGACAUGGAGCUGUGAGGGCUGCGGGCGGACCGGGACCUGCUCCCCCCCCCCAAAAACAUCACUGUUUUGUUUAUUUACCGCAUCUACGAGCUUUUUUUCUCCCCACCACCACCUCAAACAUGGAGACCACACGCUGCUGGCAGCUCCCGGCUGCACUUUUCAUCCUCAUCUGCCAACAAGCUGGAGGAUAUGGUUACAGGAAUCAACGCAAGUUCUCAGAAGACAUCGACUGGUCGUACGCAGGAACCUUGAAUCAGAACAACUGGGCCAAGAAGUUUCCGUCCUGCAGCAACGCCAAGCAGUCUCCCAUCGACAUCGAGGAGAACCUGGCUCAGGUGAAGCUGCAGUACCAGAAGCUGAUGUUUGACGGCUGGGAGAGUCUGACGAGCGACAGGACGACCAUCAAGAACGACGGCAAGACCGUGGCGGUCGAUGUGGACGGAGAGUUCUACGUGAGCGGAGGCAGCUUAAGGUCAGAGGUCAAGGUGGGACGUAUCACCUUCCACUGGGGGCGCUGCAACGCCUCCUCAGAGGGCUCCGAACACAGUCUGGAUGGAGUCAAAUACCCUCUGGAGAUGCAGAUCUACUGUUAUGAGGCGCAUCGCUUCGACUCGUUAGAUGAGACCAUCAAGGCCGGAGGAAGAAUCACAGCGCUCGCCGUGCUGUUCGAGACGAGCGUCGACGACAACGUGAACUAUGCCGCCAUCAUGGACGGCAUCAACAGCGUGAGCAGAUACGGAAAGAGAGCCAAGGUUCUGCCCUUCGCCCCUCGAGGCCUCCUGCCGAACUCCACGGAGAAAUACUUCAUCUACAACGGCUCGCUGACCACGCCGCCCUGCAGCGAGACCAUCGAGUGGAUCGUCUUCAAGAGCACGGUGGCCGUCUCCGACGAACAGCUGAAGAUGUUCUGCGAGGUGAUGACGAUGCAGCAGGCCGGAUACGUGAUGCUCAUGGACUACCUGCAGAACAACUACAGGGAGCAGCAGCAACAGUUCAUGGGUCAGGUGUUCUCCUCCUACACCGGCACCGAGGAGGUGCUCACACCAGUGUGCAGUUCGGAGCCGGAGAACAUCCAGGCGGUGCCUCACAACCUCAGCAGCCUGCUGGUGACGUGGGAGCGGCCCCGGGCGGUGUACGACUCCAGCAUCGAGAAAUACUCCGUCACCUACCGACCGGCCAACAUGGAGAACUCCGCCCCCUCUAUAUACCUGACCGACGGAGACCAGGACGUGGGGGCGAUACUCGACGACCUGCUGGCCAACACCAGCUACGUGGUCCAGGUGGUGGCGGUGUGCACCAACAGUCUGUACGGACGUUUGAGCGACCUGCUGACGGUCGCCAUGCCCAUCGACGACCCCGAAACUGCACUGGAUCCAGAUUUAGAUGAAUUUGACGACGAGGGCAACCAUCAACCCGACCUGUCCUGGAAUGAACUGGUCCAAACCGAGGACUACGAUCCGGCCUGGAUACCUACAAACUCUCCUAGGACCACGACCUCUGGAUACCAUCUUUUACCUCUACCUGGCGUCAUAACCACAACAGCAGAAUCUGGUCGGAGGAAAACCACCACUGAUCCGGAUCCCCCCGUCAGAUCCACCCAGCACGGUCAAGUCCUGGGCCAUUCUGAAGAGACUGCACACCGCAGUACCACCACACGUCCACCAGAGGUCCCUCUUUCAACCAAAACCACAGGAGAAGCUGACUUCAGUGGCAACGCUCCUUUUUACUCCACAACAGCAACCAGUGCAAAGACAAAAGGUGGUAAAAGUAUUUCUUCAUACAGCAGCACCGCGACGACGCUGAGGUCCCGUCCUAGUGACGUGAGCAGCACAACGAGGUCGUCGUCCUUCAUCCGGGCAGAGACCGACCGAGGCCUGGCGCGUCCUAUAAACAGAGACGCCGCCGCUGAUGGAGACAUGUCCACUGGACCUGGAGGUCUUCCAGAGAUCCAAACUCCCACCUCCCAGCCUUCCUCCUCGGGUGAAGCUGUUCCACGUAGGCCCACAAGUCCCGGCAUGCCCCACUUUUCGUCCACCGCGACCUCUGUCCAGUUGAGUGGCGUUCUCUUGCAGACCACACAGCCGAUGUCCAACGGUGAGCGCACCUCUAUCCUCCCCUCCACCUCCUCCUCUUCCUCCUCCUCCUCCUCCCCUCUGUGUGACACCGCGGACCCCUCCACCUGCCUGCAUGACCUUCCCUCCUCUUCUUGGCCCGUGUUGUCCGCCUCUGCAUCGGACUCCCAGCAUGCCGCUCCGCUGUCUAGCAAAGACCCGGCUUCUCCCUCAACCCCCACGCUCCCUGACUCGACCUUGCCUCACCUCCCUCACCCCUCACACCCCCUGUCUGGUUGGAAGAGUGUCGUCCCCGAUGUCGGGUUCGACGAUAGCGAUAGCGAUGGUGAUUUGUUGUCUGGGUCUUCAUCUUCGUCGGUCUCCUCAGGUGACCACUCAGUGUUUAGCGAUACCCCUCCUCUCCAAACGGUGCCGGAUCCGUCUGGCGCCACGUCCGAAUCUCCCUCCUGGGAUCCGUCGCUCUCAACAGUCUCUCUCUCUCUCAGCCCGACCCUCCAGCCUUCAGUUCUCCUCUCUAGUGACUUCACCCUUUCCGGCACGACUCCGGGCUUGUCCCGUUCUCUCUCGGUUGGGUUCGAGGACGCAAGGUACGCCACGGGGAGCACGAUAGAGUCUUUUCUCCCUGAGGUCAGCGGUGACGGGUUUCCCUUCCCUAGCGACGUGGACCCCGUGUGCGGCUGUUCUCUAGAGCCGACGUCGUCCUCGUCCUGGUUGCAUGCCUCUCCUCAUGUACCCCUGCCGUCCUCGGCCUGGAACUCUGCUAGCUUAGAGCUUUACUCUAGCGUGGGCUUCUCUUCGGCCUCUGGUGUUGGUGUAGACGAUCUCCUAAACUCUCUAUCUGUGGCGGGUUCUGAUGGUCUGUCCUUAGACCAGCCUCUUCAAUCCCAUAGCGCUCAUAUCUCUCCCACAUCGUCCUCUUCACACUCCCUCCUUCUCCGAGUCACCCAUAGUGACCUGCCCGUUUCUGUUGCAGCCACAGCGUCUGCCGUCAGGGAUCCCUGGUUCUCUGCAUCAGAUGGGAACUCCGCUUUACAAACCUCUGCCCUCCCUUCCUCACCCACAGCCUCCCCCUUAACCCCCACCCCAGAAGGACAGGCGUUAGACACUAGCAGCAGUGCCUCGGGCUCGGCCCUGAUCCCUGACUCCCCGGAGGACGUAGAUCAGGAGUGGGACAGGGUUCAAACCUCGGCCUCUGGAGACAGCGCGUUCCCUAUUUCAACCAAAGUUACUAAUUCCGCUCACCCGUCCGCGACCUCCGAGUCCGGCCAGUCCCCCGAUGAUUUGGACGAACGCUCCUCGGCGUUCUAUUUCGAUAGCGAGAGCGGCAGUGCCAUCACCUCGGAGGUAGGAGGCACAGCGACGCCAACCGCUCCCGCGGUAACGUCCGCUUCGCCCUGGUCGCUGGCCGGGGAGGAGGAGAGUGGCUCGGGGCAGGCUGAAGGCCUGUACGACAACGAGACGUCCUCCGACUUCAGUAUCUCCGAGCACACAGAAAGAGAGUCGGAGGAAAAGGAGCCAGUCGCAGAUGCCAGCAGCAGCAGCCACGAGUCCAGAGUGGGUUCGAUCCGGGACAGAGAGAGGAAGGCUGUGGUUCCUCUGGCCGUCAUCUCCACCCUCACCGGCCUCGGCCUGAUCGUCCUCAUCGGUAUCCUCAUCUACUGGAGGACCUGUUUCCAGACGGCUCACUUCUACAUCGACGACAACUCAUCACCGAGAGUCAUCGCUGCACCGUCCACUGCUGCAUUAACAUCUGACGAGCAAACAUCUUUUCCAGUGAAGCAGUUUGUGAAACACGUGGCCGAGCUUCACGACACAAAUGGCUUCCAGCGAGAGUUAGAGAUACUGAAGGAGAGUUGCGAGGAGGUUCAGACGUGCACGGUGGACAUGGGGAUAACGACCGACAGCUCCAACCAUCCCGACAACAAAACUAAAAACAGAUACAGCAACAUCCUGGCCUAUGACCACAGCCGAGUGAGACUCUCGUCGCAGACGGACAAAGACGGGAAGACUGGAGAUUACAUCAACGCCAACUACGUGGAUGCGUUUAAGAAUCCGCGGUCGUACAUCGCCGCUCAGGGUCCUCUGAAGUCGAGCACCGAGGACUUCUGGAGGAUGAUUUGGGAGCAAAACGUCUGCGUCAUCGUGAUGAUCACCAACCUGAUGGAGAAAGGAAGAAGGAAGUGUGAUCAGUACUGGCCGGCGGAGGUGCAGGAGGAGUACGGCAGCUUCCUGGUGACGGUGAAGAGCAGCAGAGCGCUCGCCUACUACACCCAGAGGAGCUUCACUGUGAGGAACACCAACACCAAGAAGGGCUCCCAGAAGGGGCGGAGCAACGAGCGGACGGUGACUCAGUACCAUUACACCCAGUGGCCCGAUAUGGGCGUCCCAGAGUUCGCUCUCCCGCUGCUCAGCUUCGUCCGCAAGUCGUCCAAAGCCAGGGCGGAGGACAUGGGGCCCAUGGUGGUGCACUGCAGCGCUGGCGUGGGCCGCACGGGUACGUACGUGGUCCUGGACAGCAUGCUGAAGCAGAUGAGAGACGAGAGCAGCGUCAACAUCACGGGCUUCCUCAAACACAUCCGCACACAGAGGAACUACCUGGUUCAGACUGAGGAACAGUACGUCUUUAUCCACGACGCCUUGGUGGAGGCCAUCUUGUCUGGAGAGACGGAGGUGGCGGCGGCUCAGCUGCACAGGUACGUGGACGAGCUGCUGAUCCCGGGGCCCGCUGGGAGGACGCGCCUGGACAAACAGUUCAAGCUGGUUUGUCACUCUGGAGUGAAGCAGUGUGACUCCUCUGCAGCUCUGCAGGACUGCAACCGCAGCAAGAACAGAAGCUGCUCCAUGGUGCCUGUUGAGAGGUCACGAGUGCGCCUGUCUACGGCAGCGGGGGAAACGUCCGACUACAUUAACGCAUCAUACGUCACAGGUUACAGGCAGAGCAGCGAGUUCAUCAUUACCCAGAAUCCUUUGCCCGGCACCAUAAAGGACUUCUGGAGGAUGAUAUGGGACCACAACGCCCAGGUCAUCGUGUCGCUGAUGGGGACGCCGUCAGGCGAGACGCCCAAGGAGGAGGCGGAGCUGUGUGUCGUCUGGCCCCGUAAAGGGCAGCCAAUCAGCUACGAGAUGUUCACCGUCACCCAGAAGAGUGAGAAUCAUAUCUGUCUGACAAACGAGGACAUGCUGGUGGUCCAGGACUACGUGCUGGAAGCUACACAGGACGAUUAUGUUUUGGAGGUGAAACACUUCCGAGCCUCCCGCUGGCCAAAUCCAGACAGUCCCAUCAGCAACACCUUCGAGCUCCUCAACCUGGUGAAAGAGGAGAGCACCACCAAGGACGGCCCCAUUGUGGUCCACGAUGAUGUUGGUGGAGUCACAGCAGGAACGUUCUGCGCUCUGUCAUCUCUAACUCGUCAGCUGGAGGCCGAAGGUUCGGUCGACGUCUUCCAAGUGGCCAAGCUGACGAACCUCAUGAGACCAGGCAUCUUCAGCGACAUCGAGCAGUACCAGUUCCUGUACAAAGCAAUGUUGAGUCUCAUCGGGACGCAAGAAGAUGAGAAAACCCUCCAGUCCUCAGACAACAACGGCACCAUUGUGGUGGGAACCGCCAGCACUGCAGAGAGCCUUGAAUCCCUGGUGUAACCUGCCCCCCCACCCCCACAAAGAACUUGUUUAACUUUUACAAAUGAGCAACAGCAUUCUGUCCCUCCACUUCAAUCACCAACAGAGCUUCUCCUGAUGCCAGACUCAUGCUACAACUACUAAAUAGAAAUCCUCAGCAUUCAGGAGGACUCCGUGUGGUAGUUUGUACUGAAUGAGGUUUUUUCUCCACUGGAUCUGGAUCUGGAUCUGCCUGCGGUUUUGUAAUGUGUGCCUUUUUGUAUUUUUCAUUCUGUACUUCUAACUUUGAUACAAGCUGUAGACUAACUGUCCACUGUUUUAACGCUGUACUGCCCUGACACGUUUCACUUAACUAACUUAACUUUUCCUAAACCUUUGUAUUUAUUGGCACUGAGCCAAAUGGGGGAGGAUAAAAAAGGGAAAAAGCAUCUUUCUACAUCAAAUGAGAUAUUUUGUUAGCUUGUCUUUGAUAGAACUCCUGCACUGAACUCCUUUCUGUAAAUACCAUCGCAACGGUAACAGCAGUUUGCUAUUGCAGUCAAAUAUAAAAUAAGGGCCUGGAAUAAUAAAAAAUAAUAAUCUAAUGUAAAUAAUAUUAUAGUAAUCAACUUGGACCAAAUUUCUAUUUAUACUUUUAGAUUUUUAUAUUUGACCAUUUUUAGUGCAUUCAAAUGUUGUGGUUUAAUUCUAAUUGCUUAGUUGGAGAACAUUAAUGCUUUUAUAUUCUGGAUUUUGUAACAGACUAAAUGUGAUGCAUGGGGUAGACUGACAUGUUUGUUUUUUAGCUGGACAUGAAACACUGCUGGAUUAUUAGCUAGAGGAUUAAAUAAGAGAAAGAACACCAAAGAAGGAGCCGUUUGAAAUGUUUUUGUUACUGUGUGCAUAACUCCACGCACGCACGCACACGCACACACAGUGCAGUCUGUUAAGAAAAACCAGCCAAUAAUGCUUUUACUAUUUUUCUUUAGUUAUAUAAAGCUUCAUCCUUCAUAGGUAUGGGACACUUAGUUUUAAUUUUAUUCUUUAAAGUUUCUCAGGCUGCCCAUUAGUUUGAUAUUUGUGUGUACAAUAGUGUUUUUUGUCCUGCAGGGAUAAAAAACAUCAAAAUAUGGCAUCAACAGGGCUCAGCCUGUGGGGACCAUGAAUAUCCACAAGACAUUUCGUAAGAAUGGUAGCCAACGGGAUUUUUCAUAUCACGAUAACAAAAGGUAAACAAAAAGUAAAACGUGACUCCAAGCAGGACGACAAAGAGGCAAUCAAAAAUUGCCUGAAAAAGCGGGAUACAUGAAUUUACAUUUCUGGGCUUUAGCUGAUGCGUUUACUCAAGAGUGACUUACAGACGCAGAAUGAGCCUCACGGUCUACCAACAGGAAGGAGGUCAGAGGUCACGACGACAAGACAAAAGAUGGAGCAGACGCCCAUGUGAGCCUGACAGGAGAGAGGUGUUAAAGACACAAACGCAGAAAUAGAGAAAAUAAAGAUGUGGCUCUGAUGAAAACCAAGUGUUGUCCAGCCUGUGGAUUAUACAUUUUCCCUUUAUGGAGUCAUGCUUUAAUCCCUCCGCUGAACUGGUUAUUCCAAUUGAUUUCCCAUGUCUUAAUCCGGGCUAAGACUCAAGAAACGUGCCUUUUCAGGACAGAAAAUAGGUCAAGUGUCCCAGACGUCAUCUUGACCGGCCGCCGUAUCCACACCUUCAUUUGCAUUUUUGACUUCUCAUAAUUACAUGCCCAAUUAUCCCCUGCUUGGUGGCCUCAUUUGCAUGGCUGCCUCCAAAUUGAGUGGAAGCAAACAGGCUGAUUGUCUUUCUUCUAGAGGCUGAGAAGUCUUCAGAACAGAAUCCCUGGAGUCCAAUAUUUGACUAUUGCUUGAAUCUGAACGAUAGAGAUACAGUGGUGAAGGAAGUACGUUUAGUAAAAUACUACAGUGCAAAUGUACUCCAUUACAUGUGAAAGUUCUGUACUUAAGUAUUAUAAGCAAAAUGCACUUUGAAUCACAUGUACUAUUGGUCUGUUAAAUCUACAGUUUGCCUAUAAAAUAUCAAUCUGAAGUAACUAAGAGUUGUCACAUAAAUGUCAAAUCAGCAAAAUAAUUACAGGAGCUUCAAGGAUGUUUAAAAAGUUACUAAAAGCAUGAUUUAUGAAAAGCUUGAAAAGGUUCAGUUUGCCCAAAUACCUACUAAUAAAAUAAACAUUCCACUUACCUUUACCUGUAUGGAGGCUGCAACGUGCCAACCGUGUAAUUAAAUACUUUGUUUCAUUACAAUUAAUUAAUAAAUUGAUACAAUAAAAAAACUUUACUAUAAACUAUUAAAUUGCAUCGGCAUUGAAGAGAUACUAAAUAAUAUGAUUAUUACAUUUGCAAUAGCUAUUUCUGUAUCUAAGUCAUAAAAGUAGAAGAAAGAAUGUAACAGAAUUUGUUUUAUUCAUAUAACAUUUUUAGAAAGCAAAAUGUUCGAUCAAAACAAGCUUUUACAGACAAAUGAGUGGCGUCAAUGUCAACUGAAACAUUAAGGACAAAAAAAUGGUUUCACCAGGCGGUAAAUAAAACCAAUACUUUUAUCGCCAACAUGUUAGUGUUGCUCUCUUUUGCCCACAACAUGUGUAGUUUCAUCUGAAUUUACCAGUCUUUGUGUCAUGAGAUACAAACCUAUAAAUCUAUCCAACACGCUGCCGUUUAAAACCUUCUGGAUGCCCACAUAUAAACUACAUUAAGUAUACAUAU